UCUACAGCGCAUGCGCAAUUCAAAAUGCUCGUCUCCAAGCAACCAAAAGUAACGUUCCUUCCAGUGAGUGUUGUAACUCUUUGUUGUAUAAGAGAAAAACAUGGAUGAGUUAAGUCAAACAGAGUCAAAACCACUUUCUGCACUGUCUGUGUUCAGCUUUAUACCGCCACGACGCAAUGAACCGAAGGAGAGAAGAUAUUUCAACUCGAGUCCUAAGGCACCAGAGAGGCAUGUGUACGACUGCGUGUUUGGGCGAGCUGAGGGAUAUGAUAUGAAGUUACACCGUGAUGACCGUCAGCACGCCAGGAGCCGCGGCCUGGACAUCCACACAGAGGAAUUCUCCAGACCUGUAGCCGUGCUCUCCUCAUCCGAAUACGGCCGACGGCUGCCGCCGCUGUCGUACAAGCCGGGCCGCCAGUUUGCACGUGCUGCUCACAUACGCUCAGAGUUUUACAGGAAAAAUGGCAUUAGCUACUCCGUGGAGGAGGGCUACGGCUCUGUCUUUCCAGUUUGAGCAAAAAACCCCAAACAGCAGAUCUUAACAGCAGGGCUGACUGUUUUUAUUGUGAUGCUCAUUGCAACUGAUAUAAAUACAAAUAUUGCUCUUAAUUUAUCGUGCUCAUGAUUGUCAAGCUUUUUUAUUUGCCAAAGCUUACAUAUAUAAAUGGACGCAAAGAUGUUUAUAUAGAAAUCUUUAAUGGAUAAGAAAAUGGCAGCAACAAAAUAUGAACACAAAUAUUUGACAGACACCCAGCUGUUCUGCUCUAAAGUGGGAGACACACACACACACAGUGCCUGCUCACACACUAAGUCCAUACAAUCCGUGGUGAGAAAUGAAGAUCUGUUUACUGUGGUUGUUAUUGGUUGAGAUGAAGUUUGCUGUACAAAUGUCCCUUUUUUGUAGUGUGUGUGAGAGAAACAUAAAGAAAGAGCGAGAUGAGGCGGUCAAGGCAUUACAGUCCCCUGCGAUAAUGAUCUGCUCAUCUCAGUGUGUACAAAGAAAGUCUUCAGGUCACCUUUCCCCUUCACAUUGAUGAUCCCUCGACACGAGCACAUGUAGCCCAGUGUCUGGAGGAUCCGACUCGUUUCCUCUGUUACCUGCAAUUUAACAAUAACACUGAGAUCAAUAGAAAUAAAAAAAUUAAUUACACAAAUUGUUUAAAUGUAACUGCAAAUGAUGCUUAUAUACUUCACUGGACAUUGAUGAGACUUUUAUACAUGAAAUGAUUUAUAUUUGGAGAUUUGAUUGACUCACAGUAUUAGUCUUUAUAGCCAAAAAUGUUGAUUCAGAACAAUUUUAAUGAACGAAUUUUAAUGAA